GCAAUAACGGCAAAUACGACAUCAUAUGAUGGGACCAACUCUGGGCUCCAAGUUGGGCAGAAUCUUGGUCAUAUCACUGCUCAUUUCCUGCAAUCGGAAGCAUCAUUGAAUCAAGCGUGCCUGCGGGAUCUGCGGACGACAGAUCCUCACCACGACAAAGAUCGUAUUCAGAAAACCAACGGGGGGCUGCUGAAGGACUCGUAUCACUGGAUUCUCGACAACGAGGCGUACAAACAAUGGCAAGAUAGCCCAAGCAGCCGUCUUCUUUGGAUCAGAGGUGACCCCAGAAAAGGCAAGACAAUGCUCCUCUGUGGUAUCAUCGACGAGUUGACAAGGUCUAUUGCAAAUACUGCGAAUGUCUCAUUCUUUUUCUGCCAAGCUAGCGACGCGCGAAUUAAUACUGCAACGGCUGUGCUCCGCGGCUUAAUAUACUCGCUUGUUAAGAAGCAGCCAUGUCUUCUCUCCUAUUAUGACCACGCGGGAAAAUCAUUGUUCGAGGAUAUAAAUGCAUGGAAUGCCCUCUCGAGGAUCUUCACAGAUAUUCUGAAUGACACGACCCUUCAGACCACCUACUUGAUUAUCGACGCACUGGACGAAUACACGUCAGGCCUGCCUUUCCUUCUCGACUUUAUUUCUUCCUUAUUAUUUUUUUACUCACAGGUAAAGUGGAUCGUCUCGAGCCGCAACUGGCCUGAUAUCGAAGACACCGCUCCGAUCUCAUUAGAACUAAAUGAAGCGUCCGUAUCUGAAGCCGUGAGGCGUUUUAUCCAACAUAAGGUUUGUCAAUUGGUGCGGGUUAAAAAGUAUAACGAUGAAACUCGUGAUACGAUUUGCCGCCAUUUGUCAUCAAACUCGCAAGGCACUUUCCUUUGGGUAGCCUUGGUCUGCCAAGAACUCGAUAGAAUAUCGCGGAGACACGCUCUUCACAAGCUGGAGGCGUUUCCUCCUGGACUGGAUGCCUUAUACGGUCGGAUGAUCGAUGAGGUUCGCAAAUCAGAAGAUGCCGCGUCCUACACGCGAAUAUUGGCUGUCAUGUCCAUAGUGUAUCGCCCUAUCAUGCUUAACGAGCUACCCUCUGUGGUUGAGCUACCUGACGAUCUCUCAAGUGAUUCUGAAGCCCUAUCGGAGAUUAUUGCAAUUUGUGGCUCGUUUUUGACCGUUCGCGAAGACACUAUCAUUUUCGUCCAUCAGUCUGCCAAGGAAUUUCUACUGGAGAGAAGAAAAAAUAGGGGUUUACCUGGAGUUGAAGAGGCUGAGCACCAUAGAAUUUUUUCUUGUUCUCUUCAAGCCUUGUGUAAGACACUUCAGCGCGACAUCUUUCAAAUCAAGUUUCCUGCAUACCCAAUUGAGAAACUACACACUAUGCGUGUGUAUAUUGGGUUGACCAUCUUCAUAGCGGAUGCUAUGAAAAAAAAAGAUCUUGACGUCGAUCAGAGAAGGUGCGUGGGUGAUUUUCUGCGAAGGAAGUGCCUUCACUGGCUUGAAGCCUUGAGCAUUCUAGGAAGUUUAUCAAAAGGCAUAGCAGCUAUGAUAAAGCUCGAAGGAUUACUUCAGGGAAGAGGCGAACCAGUUGCACUUUUAAAUCGCGUUCAAGACGCCUCCCGAUUCAUUCGAUACCACAGGCUAGCAAUUGAAAGUAGCCCCCUUCAAGUAUACAGUUCACCUCUGGUAUUUAGCCAUAUGUUGAGCCUCGCCAGAAUGUGUUACGAAAGGGAGAGACCGGAUUGGGUUUUGAAUGAGCCUUUGAUUGGAGUUCAUGCCUUCAAACCCUCGAGGGGCUUAACGGUUCGGUUCGUUCGAGUGCCUGGUCGCGGGGUGGAAGCCGACUCGCAUCAGCGUCAAAUGAUAGGCAUGUUAGGAUCUGGGACCCUCCCACCGGCCAGUGUACGUCAACCCUCAAGGGGCAUAGCGGCUGGGUCAACUCGAUCGCCUGGCUGCAAGAUGGAAGCCGACUUGCAUCAGCGUCAAAUGAUAACACCGUCAGGAUCUGGGAUCCGGCCACCUCAUGCUCGUCAAUCCACUAUAAUCAGCUCCCCCAAUUUUGUUCAAUUUGAUAAAGUCAAAUAUAAUCAUCUUCACACGUCAAUCGGUGCAUUUGAUAUAGGAUCCACGGCCUUGCCAGAACAAUACGGGUAUGGAUUGAAUGAUGGCCACUCUUGGAUAACCUAUAAUGGAGUCAACCUCCUUUGGUUGCCUAUCAAAUAUCGCCCAACUCAUUCGUCUGUCUUUGCUAUAUCUGCAACCAAUAUUGCGAUCGCUUGUUCUUCACGUCGUAUCAUCUUUCUUGCACUUACAGAACAGAGUCCAUCCCUAGCCUUUGAUCCACGUUCAUCAUGCUUCCCUUGUGCCUUUCCUGGACACGUUUUAUUGAAUAACCCAUGUCUAUAUUCCCAGUGA